AUGGACCCGUUGGAUUUUCUGACAGAUAAGCAGUUACUGCAGUUUUUGCGCCAUAGUAGGACAGAGAUGUCGUGCAUGGAGAAACCACACACCUUUCUUAACCAGCUCCGAGACCACCACCUCAUUCCGGAGAAAAGGUACAAGGUGAGAGCAGUAGAGACCGCCAAAUUCCUAUAGACAUACCCUCCCACUCAAAGGUUAAAUGUAAUCCCAUCGGUCACAAUACCGAAAAAAAACUUGGGUAGGCCUAUUUUACAUGCUUUAAAUAAGGUAAAGUUGUACUUAACAAAUAAGUCAUAUAUUAUGCAUUAUUAAGGUGAAGUAUGAUUCAGAGAAGUUUCAUUAGAUUUCUCAAAAUGUUAACAAGACAAGGAUACAUCUCGAAGGUGUAGACAAACUUUUACACCAGAAGUCUGUAUUCAACAGCUUAAAAAACAAAUAGAUUGUUGAAAUGUUUUAAUAUUUUGUUUCAUGUUUAAAGGGGCUAGUUUACAUAGGCUGUGUGCCUUAAUUUUCAAUACAUUUACUUUAAAUGGGUCAUCAUGAAUUUGACAGUAAUUUAUAGUCAGCUCAGUGGCAAGUAAAAUUCAGUGUUUAAUAUUAAAGUACACCUACUGUAAUAUAAAUACAGUAUUAUAGCAAGUACUGUGUAAUGACACAGUACAAUACCGUCAACUUUACUGUAUUAGGCCUAUACUGUAAAAAAGUAAAUGCUACAAUCAUCAGAAUGAAUGAAUGAUUGGCUGAAUGAAUUACAUUUGAGGUGAGGGUUUGUAUUUCACAGUAUUUUACUGUAAUUACAAGGAAUUGGUGCAAGAUUUGACCAAAUAUGUAGGAAGAGGUCAUCGUCUGAUGGAGUCUGUGAAGGAAGAAACCACAUGGAAGAAGUGGUAAGCAAGUUAUGUCCAAAAAACAGAUUUUCACCAAGUCAAAUAAAUGUAUUGUGUUAGAGGUAUCAUGAUGCUUGUAUCUAAACCUUUUUAUGGCAAUUGUGUCUGACAUGUAGCAUUAUUGAAAAAAAUCUGUAUUGGGUUAAAGAUGUGCAGGUGUACAUCUGGUCUGUAAGAAUAUCGAGGCUGAAGUACAAGUGUUGACCUGGUUUGUAUGAGUGUUGAGGCUUGGGCACUGGGGUAGACCUGUUUUAUAUGCAUAUGCCCAUGGAUUUACCUGGUUUAUAUGAUUAAUGGGUUGUAGGGAUACACAAGGCUCAUACAAGUAAUGGGUCUAUUGCCCAUUAAAAUCCUUUCUGGCAACAAGUUUGUGGUAGGAAAGAAAGUGAAUGGGGAUAGAGCACAUGUGUUAUACCACUGUACUAUGGGUUUAUCUAUGAAAUGAUAAGCGUAUACAGGUCAAAGGUCAUAGGUCAUAGGACCAACAUGAAAAUAACAAGUUUGGGGUGUGCAGCGAAUAGCUGGAUAUACAGGUAACUGAAAAAAUAAAGGAAACACUUAAAACAAGGGUUCUGGCGGCUCUGUUAUGGUGUGGGUGCAUUUUCCUGGCAUGGUUUAGGUUUACUCAAUACCUUAGAGGGCAAGGUAAACACCAAGAAAUACACAGCCAUUCUGAGUGAUCACCUUCAACCUAUGAUUAAUCAUUUCUAUCCUGAUGGGAGUGGUCUCUGCCAGGAUGACAAUGCCCACAUCCACAGGGCACGAGUGGUCACUGAAUGGUUUGAUGAGCACGAAAAUGAUGUUUACCAUAUGCCAUGGCCAUCUCAGUCACCAGAUCUCAACCAAGUUGAACACUUAUGGGAGAUUCUGGAACGGUGCCUGAGACAGCGUUUUCCACCAGCAUCAACAAAACACCAAAUGAUGGAAUUUCUCGUGGAAGAAUGGUGCCGCAUCCCUCCAAUAGAUUUCCAUACACUUGUAAAAUCUAUGCCAAGGCACAUUGAAGCUGUUCUGACGACUUGUGGCAGCCCAACGCCCUAUUAAGACACAUUAUAUUGUUGUUUCCUUUAUCCUGGCAGUUACCUUCAGGUUACUGUUGGUGACUUGGGAAGGAAAGUGGGUAACAGGGCUGAGAUAGGCAAGUAACAGGGAUGUGUAUUGGCAAAGGAACUGGGGUCUAUGAUUAGCAAAUAGGGCAUUUAGGGAUAGGAUAUGGGUGCAUCGGUACUUGAUUGUAUCAAUAUUAGGGUAUUAGCACGUAGGUGUUAGGGUUAGAGCAUGGGGUAACAGGGCUGGGGUGUGUGAGUAAUUGGGUUUAGGUGUGUGGGUAAGUGGGCUGAAGUACAAUGCCAAGCGUCAUAUCUGGAGGAAAUCUGGCACUAUCCCUACAGUGAAGCAUGGUGGUGGCAGCAUCAUGCUGUGGGGAUGUUUUUCAGUGGCAGGGACUGUGAGACUAGUCAGGAUCAUGGAAAAGAUGAACAGAGCAAAGUACAGAGUGAUCCUUGAUGAAAACCUGCUCCAGAGCGCUCAGGACCUCAGACUGGGGUGAAGGUUCACCUUUCAACAGGACAACAACCCUAAGCAAACAGCCAAGACAACACAGGAGUGGCUUCGGGACAAGUUUCUGAAUGUCCUUGAGUGGCCCAGCCAGAGCCCGGACUUGAACCCGAUCGAAUGUCUCUGGAGAGACCUGAAAAUAGCUGACAGAGCUUAAGAGGAUCUGCAGAGAAGAAUGGGAGAAACUCCCCAAAUACAGGUGUGGCAAGCUUGUAACGUCAUACCCAAGAAUACUCGAGGCUGUCUGAACCGGACCAAAUCUGAACCAAUCAUAGACAUCUAUGUUUCACAAGUUUGGAAAGCACAGUACAGUACAGUAGAGCACAGCAGAGUACAGUACAUUGCAGUACAGUACAGCACAGUAAAGAAAAGUUGACUAUAGUACAGUAGAGUACAGUACAAUACAGUAGAGCACAGUACAGUAAAAAAAGUAAGUAUAGUUCAGUACAUUAGAGUACAGCACAGUAGAGUAUAGUUCAGUAUAAUGUACUGUAUUGUUUAAUACUUUACACUAAUGUACUAUACUGAAAUAAACUGUACUCUACUGAAUUAAACUCUACUCUACUGUACUCUACUGAUUUAAACUCUACUGUACACCUUACAGUACUGUACUGUAGUACUUUACUCUACCGAAUAAAACCCUGAUUCAACCUACAGAAUUUAUUUGGUAAAAAUUCUUCCCCCUAUUUUGCAAGUAAAGGUGCCUGGAAGAACCUUUUGGGUUGUCACACCAGCGGAACCUUUCUGGUUAAAAAAGGUUCCUAGAGGAACCGCUCUGAAAAGGGUCCUCGAGGGUCUUCGAGGAACCUCUGUGUAAAGGUCAAUGAUGUGUAUAAACCCUGGAUGACUGACAGUGGGUUCUGCAUUGAAGCCACCGCGCAGCCAUCUUGGUACUUCUCCAUUGUAAAACAUAUUUGCAUUUAUUCAUGUCUACAUUCAUUUUUGACGAGUUUAUUGUAUUACAGACACCUUAAUGCAUACUUUUAAAUUAUAUAAUGUGAGCUAAACAUAAAAUAAAUACAAAUAUAUAAAAACACUUUGUACUAAUGUUACUGUCCCCACUACAACAACAAAAAAUAAUUAAAUACAUGUCAUUUUGUCCUUGAAACAUUGAAUUGAAAUACUGUAUUACUGUAUAGUUAUUCCAUUCAUUCCGCUGGAGGACUGCUGUAAAUCUCUUUUAUCAACAUAUUCGGCUCUAUUUACGCUCAGAUGCGAAAAUGCUAAUUAGCAUCAAAGUAGACAUCAUGCAAGACUACAAAUCCCUGCAAGCUCCUGCACGUCACCUCUAGCUGACACCUUUGCUAACAGGUAUUGUGUCAAUUAAAAACUUGCACAAGACAUUUCACAGAAUUGUCCAUUUAAAGAAAUGUAGCUCAUUUAUUAAUUACUACAUUUAGCUAACAUUAGAUAGUUGAUCCAGAGAUUCCUACCUUUGCCUCGAUUUGGUAGUCUGGUCCAGAUCCUCAUGGCAUUUGUAGUUCUUUAUGAUAACCACAUUAGCAGCUAAUUAGCAUUUCAUUUUGGGGGGUAAAUACAGGUGAAUAUAUUGAUAAAAGUCACCUUGUCCUAGAGAGAUUUACACGGGUUAUCAAAACGUCACGCCAGGGUAAGCCUACAUGAAACACAGCCCUUAUUUUAAGUGUUUCAAAAAAAAAAAGAUGGGAAAAAUGAACGAUUGUAACCAUUUCCCUGUUUGACCGCUAGAGGUUCCUUGAGGAUCUCCAGGGUUCAUCGGGUCAAAAAAAAGAUGGGGAAAAUGAACGAUUGUAACCAUUUCCCUGUUUGACCACUAGAGGUUCCUUGAGGAUCUCCAGGUUUCAUCGGGUCAACACUAAUUCUAAGAAUGUACUGUGUACACUAAGACCAGUCACUGUCCUAUUACUAGCUGGGUACAAACAAUAUAAAUAACAGGUCUUUGAAUGUUAUUGUAAGAGUGAAAAUUGGAGUUGAUAAUCAUUGAUUAGUAAUGCCUGAUGUGUGUCCAUAAAUUCCUGUCUGUCACAUGAACUGAUUGGGAUGGUCGUUGCUUCUAGAGAAUCAAGUCUAUCACUCCAGCCACAAUUUGACAACCCCCACAAAUUGGACCAUAGUUUUGUAUUUGACCCCUCCUGCAGCAGCUGAUUCGGAUGAGGAGUAAGGAGCUGAGGGAGAAGGGUGUGUACGAGGUGUUGGACUGGGUGGAGGCAGAGAGGCCCCACUGCAUCAAGCUGUUCUGGAGCUGUGUGUUCAGGGACCACCUCCUGCAGCAGUACCCCACGUUACGCCUGCUACGAAACCACCUUCUGGACGGUCAGUUCUGGAGCCUUCACCCUUAUUAUUGUCUUAUAAUGGCAUUCGUUAGUUAAUAUCGGUAUAUAAUUCUAACUCCUAGUGGAAUAUAAAUGUAGUCACAAUGGUGGAUACUUUGAAGUUGAGGUUCGAAGCCCUGUCAAAUUUGUAUAAUGAUUUUUGUAAUUUGGUGUACAUGAUUUAGGUUGCAUGGUUUGCUAAAUGUUGCCUCCAAUCCCUUCCAGGGACGUUCACAUUCUAUGAGAAACUGCCAGAGAAGGUGGAGAAGGAAGAGGAGGAGGAUAAGAAGAAGAAGGCUUCAGCGGAAGGAGAAGAGGAGGAGGAGGAGGAGAAGAAGAAGACAGGAAGGAAACAGAGGAAAAAGAGAAGUGAGAGUAUGGAGGAGGAGCAGCCCAGCACGUCCACCCAGUCCACCCCCAGUCAGAAGAGGAAAGUCCCGAGGCUCAAAUACGGUGAGUCCCAGGCUUCAUGUUCCCUGGGGGAAAGAGGAGGCCUUGAGUCAGAAAGUCUAAAGUACCUGUAAAUAACUGUCAAAGAGGAAAGAUGGAGUCAGGAAAGAUGGCGGACUGAACACAGCAGUGCAGAUCACCUCAAGAUCAAAACGUAAUAUUAAAUAUCAGUAAGUUAGACUAAAUAUUAGCACUUCAUAUACUGGUGGGUAAUAACCUUCAAUCUGGAUAACAAGACAAAACAAAUCAUAAAGCUAGAGAAAUGUAUCGACAAAUAUUACGAAAACAAGCAACACCCAAAUAUGACAGAGAGUAAACAAGGAGAACCAAUCUCCAAAAGGAAACGCGACUCCUCGAUGGACACAGACGACUUAAGCUUUUCACCACCGGGAAUGCGAAGGGCGGACACCGAUCUGCUACAGUCGAUAAAUGACAAACUGGGCAUACUUGAAUUAGUCAGUAAAGAUAUAAAGGAGUUGUUACAAUGUAGAAGCUGGUUGAGAGAAUGCCAAGAGUGUGCAAAGCUGUCAUCAAGGCAAAGGGUGGCUAUUUGAAGAAUCUCAAAUAUAAAAUGUAUUUUCAUUUGUUCAACACUUUUUUGGUUACUACAUGAUUCCAUAUGUGUUAUUUGAUAGUUUUGAUGUCUUCACUAUUAUUCUACAAUGUAGAAAAUAGUAACAAAUAAAGAAAAACCCUUGAAUGAGUAGGUGUGUCCAAACUUCUGACUGGUAGUGUACAUUAUAAAAUUAAGUAUACAUAAAAUUAAUUUUUUGUUGUCCUAUCAUGAUGGAACGGUCCCCAGCCCUAUGUCCUAGACACCCAACUGAGCGACCCAUACACCAAAGAGAAGUCUUACAGCCCUGCUGUAAGUUGCCUAUAUGCAGCCAAAACAGAAACAUAAAUGUGGUCAGAGACCUACUAGAGCAGCACCGCCCCCUCAAGAUUCUGAGCCUGCCGGGCAGGGUUGGUCCUACAAAGCCAGAGCCCCCUGAUGGGAGAGCAUAAUAUACAAGGAAAUUCUCAAAGCUGCUAAUGAGAACCUUGACGACCUUGUACCUAGCUGGUGGGGAUUCCGGUGGGGUACCCCCAACCAGGUAGUGGCAGUGCUGGCAACACUGGCUGCAGUAACCCAUGGGGAGGGGAUCCCACUCGGACAAUCAGAGAGGGGGCAUAUUAUUGUGGCCCUGGUGGCACAAAACAAAUAAGCAAAGUUCUGACUGCACAGAGAUGCUUGAGAAAAUGGUUACAAUGGGGGACCAGAGUAUUUGUGUUUCAGGGGAAGAGGGUGGAUCUGAUCUCCAUCACCUAGGACUUGACAUAUGUUAAUGAAAUCUCACAUUUAUGUCAAUUUUUGCUCAAUCUGGCAUGCUUUCUCAAACAACUGUAACUGUAUAUGCAUUCGUAAUUCAGGUCCUUUCUUGAGUUGGGCUCUGGGAUGUAACAACCGUUGAGCAUCUGAGCUUAUGGCUGAUUGAGGAGGAAAGGGGUUGAUUGUGUAAGAGUAUGUGCGUGUGUGUGUAUGUAUGUAUCCCACAUCUAUUGCAAGGAGGUAAGGAUGUUAGGGAGAAUAUAGGAUGAACCACAAUCCUUCGCAUGAACUGCCGACAUUAUUACGCAUAUUAAUUGAUAAUUAUGAAAAUUAAGAUGUGCAAGAUAUUUGAAUAUAUAUAUAUAUAUUUAAUAGCUAUAUAUAUAUAUAUAUAUAUAUAUAUAUAUAUAUAUAUAUAUUAAAAAUAUAUAUCUAUUCAAAUAUCUUGCGUAAUAAUGUUGGCAGUUCAUGCGAAGGAUUGUUACCUAUAACCCGGAUUGCCAUUGCAUUACAUUACAUUUUUGUCAAGCAAUUAUAAUUUUAGCAAACAAUUAUUGUGGUUCAUCCUAUAUUCUCCCUAACAUCCUUACCCCCUUGCAACAGAUGUGGGAUACAUACAUACACACACACGCACGCACGCACACACGCACAUACUCUUACACAAUCAACCCCUUUCCUCCUCAAUCCUCAACGGUUGUUACAUCCCAGAGCCCAACUCAAGAAAAUUCCUGAUUUACGAAUGCAUAUAUAUAUAAAGCAAAUUGAGGUGAGAGCAUUGGAAAUGCUUUUGGUGGUUGAACUGCUUCUGUUUUGUGGGUGGCACUGUGUGCUGUUUUCGAAGGAUUGGUCCUGGCCUCUCGGGGGGCCUAGGGAUCCGGGGGUGGUCUGCCGAUCACUGGGAUGACAACCCAACUUGGGAUGGGGAGAGGCUUUAGCAGGCGGAAUAGUGGAGAACAAUUGGAGGGUUACUUAGUAGCAAUGCAAAUAUCAUGGUACAGCUAUAUGGACACUUAAUCACUAUGGUAUUUUUUAUUGGUACAUUUACAAACAUAUUAUGAUAAAUAGAUUUGAAACUUGUAUCUCAUUAUGGUAAAUGGUGAAAUAAGUAUAGCCAGUUAUAAUGGUAAUGGCUUAGCAGAUAAUAACAAGCUCAAUUGGUAGAGCAUGGGGCUUGUAACGCCGGGGUAGUGGGUUCGAUCCCCGGGACCACCCAUACGUAAAAAUGUAUCCACACAUGACUGUAAGUCGCUUUGGAUAAAGGCGUCUGCUAAAUGGCAUAUUAUUAUUAUUUAUUUACAUGGCUCAAAGAGAAGGAAUAUAAUAUCUAUUGUUUACAGGAAACUCAUUCAACAAUUCUAGGUGAAGUUGUGUGGAAAAAAGACUGUGGGUGGGACGAAAUAUACUUCUCCCAUGGGCAAAGAAACUCAAAAGGGGUGAUGAUAUUAAUUAACAGUAAUUUUGAUCCGAAUGUGCAAAUUGUCCAAACAGAUGCGCAAGGUAGAUGGAUUAUUUUAAAUAUGUUAUUGGACCACAAACACAUAUGGCUCAUUAACCUUUACGGACCAAAUAAUGAUGAUCCACGCUUCUUUGACAAUAUAUAUAAUAAAUUAUCAACCCUGCAAGCAAUACAAUACUCUAUUAUUAUGGUGGGUGAUUAUAAUACUGUUUUAAAUAGCUCAAUGGACCGUAAAGGAAAUCACACUACAAACAAUCACCCUCAUGCUCUUAAGGAAAUCAUGAAUGUCAUGGAUACAUUAGAACUAGUGGAUAUAUGGAGGCUUAAAUGUCUUGACCUAGUGAGAUAUACAUGGCGGGGACUCAAUCAAGCUAGUCGUCUUGACUUCUUUCUAAUGUCAUUCUCGUUGGCACCAAAAGUUUAAAAAGUGUUGAUAGGGGACAGAAUGCGGUCGGACAAUCAUAUCAUUGGCAUAUACAUUACUCUUACUGAAUUUCCACGUGGGCGAGGAUAUUGGAAAUUUAAUCAAAGCCUAUUGGAUGAUAACUUGUUUUUAACUAGGACAGAGGAAUUUAUAACUGAAUUUUUCCGACAUAACAUAGGUACAGCAUAUCCCCUUAUUGUAUGGGAUACUUUUAAAUGUGCCUUUAGAGGCCAUGAAAUUCAGUACUCAUCUCGAAAACAAAAGCAAUUUAGGUCAAAAGAGUCCAUACUAACAAAGGAAAUAGAAGGUCUAACAGAACAGAUAGAUAGCAAUACAAACUGUAACAUAGAGGCUCAGAAUAAAUUAGAGGAAAAACAAAAAUAAAUGGAGAAACUUAUUCAAAAAAGAUCAACUGUAAUAUAUUAUAAAAAUAAAGAAAACUGGAUGGACUAUGGGGAGAUCUUCAACAUAGAAAUGCUACCAAAAAGAAUUUACUGAAACUGGUUACAAAUGACGGAGUCACACAUGAUUCACCAAAUUAUAUUUUGAAGGAGGAAGCAAAGUACUUUAAGCAUAUGUUUUCAUUUCAGUCGCGUCCAUCUCCUCUAACUGAAGCUAAUUGUAGGGAUUUUUUUUCUAUUGAUAAUGUAAAAUUAACAGCCAUACUGUCAAGGGGUGCUGAAGGUGGGUGUGGUGCAGGAAUCAAGCACAGGACGCAGAAGCUCAGUCCAAAAGACUUUAGUGAAAUAUUCACGUAGUAAAUGAGCACAAUAAGCCCGGAGGCGAAAUAACGGCGCACACAGGCGUCAAACAAACGGCGCACUAACAUGUGCGAAAACCUCUCCAAACACUGGAGGGAAGUACGUAGCUCAAACACCAAAACAGAAGAGCAAUCACACACAAACACAGACACACACAACGAGAACUAAAUAGGACACUAACGAGGACUAACUAGACACAGGUGUACAACAUCAAGACAAAACCAAACGAACAUGAAACAUAGAUCGGUGGCAGCUAGUACUCCGGGGACGACGACCGCCGAAGCCUGCCCGAACCAGGAGGAGGAGCAGCCUCGGCCGAAACCGUGACACAUACAGACAGACUCAUGUGAAGGUGAAAUUACAGAGGAAGAACUUCUGCCUUUUUUGAUAUACUCAGAGGACCAUUAUUAGCAUGUUUUAACCACUCCUAUGUAAAUGGUAGAUUAUCAGACACUCAAUAAGAAAGUCUGAUUUCAUUAUUACUGAAAUAGGAUACAAGUGGGAAAUAUAAAGAUCCAGUCCAUUAAAAAAAUUGGAGGCCCCUUACACUUCAGUGUUGUGAUGCAAAAAUUCUAGCAAAAUGUAUAGCGCAUAGAAUUAAAAAGGUAUUGUCGGACAUUAUUAAUUCUAAUCAGACAGGUUUUUUACAUGGAUGAUACAUUGGAGUACUGGAAACAAUAGAACACUAUGACAAAUCUGGGAAACCAGGCCUGCUAUUCAUAGCUGACUUUGAAAAGGCAUUUGAUAAAGUACUACUGGAGUUUAUAUAUAAAUGCCUGGAGCAUUUCAAUUUUGGAGAAUCUCUUAUAAAAUGGGUUAAAAUCAUGUAUAGUAACCCUAGGUGUAAAAUAGUAAAUAAUGGCUAUUUCUCUGAAAGUUUUAAACUGUCAAGAGGAGUAAAACAAGGUUGUCCACUAUCGGCAUAUCUAUUUAUUAUGGCCAUCGAAAUGUUAGCUAUUAAAAUCAGAUCCAACAAUAAUAUCAAGGGGUUAGAAAUCCAGGGCUUAAAAACAAAGGUGUCAUUAUACGCUGAUGAUUCAUGUUUUCUUUUAAAUCCACAACUAGAAUCCCUCCACAGCCUCAUAGAGGAUCUAGAUACAUUUUCUAACCUCUCUGGAUUACAACCAAAUUAUGAUAAAUGUACUAUAUUACGUAUUGGAUCACUAAAAAAUACAAUUUUUACAUUACCGUGUAGUUUACCAAUACAAUGGUCUGAUGGUGAUGUGGAUAUACUCGGAAUACAUAUCCCAAAUGAAAUAAAUGAUCUCACUCCAAUACAUUUUAAUAGAAAGUUAGCAAAAAUAGAUAAGAUCUUGCUACCAUGGAAAGGUAAAUACCUGUCUAUUUGUGGAAAAAAAUCACCCAGAUGUAGUAUUAUCCCAGUUUACCUAUUUGCUUAUGGUCUUGCCUACGCCUAGCGAACAGUUUUUAAAAUGAUAUGAGAAAAAAAUAUUCCAUUUUAUUUGGAACGGCAAGCCAGACAAAAUUAAACAGGCCCAUUUAUAUAAUGAAUAUGAAUUUAGAGGACAGAAAUUAUUAAAUAUUAAAGCAUUAGACCUAUCACUAAAAGCUUCAGUCAUACAAAAGUUAUACUUAAAUCCGAACUGGUUCUCAAGCAAAUUAGUAAGAUUGUCUCACCCCAUGUUCAAGAACGGCCUUUUUCCCUUUAUUCAGAUCACAACCUCUCACUUUCAGUUAUUUUAAAAGGAAUUUAUCUCCAAAAUAUUGUUAUUUUUAAAACAAGCCAUAGAAAUGUGGUUGCAAUUUCAGUUUAAUCCACCAGAAAAGACAGAACAAAUAAUGCAACAAAUAUUGUGGUUAAACUCAAAUAUACUAAUUGAUUUUUAAAAAUACAUUAUUUUAUAAUAAAAUGUUUACAAAAGGUAAAAUCUUUGUAAAAGAUAUCAUAAAUAGGACUGGUGGAGUUAUGUCACAUAUGCAGCUAAGAAAAAUAAAUGGAAAUAUCUGUUCUACCAAAAUUACAACCAACUAAUUGCAGCAUUACCACAAAAAAUGGAAGAGGAAAGUGGAAGGGGGGAAAGUAAGGAACUUGUCUGUCGGCCCUGCAUUAAAGACCAAAAUUGGUUAAUGAAAAUGGUGAUAAAUAAAAAUAUAUACUAGUUUCAUUUAAGGACCAACAAAUUGACACAUGUACUGUAUAGAUUGCAAAAUAGUUGGGAAGAGAUUAUCGAUGUACCGAUUCCAUGGCACAUGGUUUAUGAACUGAUACGCAAAACAACGCUGGAUUCAAAACUUAGAAUUUUUCAAUUUAAAUUAUUAUACAAAGUUCUUGCAACCAAUAGAAUGUUAUAUAUAUGGGGGAUACAACCUUCCCAGCGCUACAGAUUUAGCUGCGAAGAGACAGAGUCAUUAGAUCAUUUAUUUUGGUACUGUCCAUAUGUAGCUUGUUUUUGGUCACAGGUCCAGGAAUGGCUGAAGAAUUGCAACAUUUACCUGGUUACUACAUGAUUACAUAUGUGUUAUUUCAUAGUUUUGAUGUCUUCACUAUUAUUCUACAAUGUAGAAAAUUGUAAAAAAAAAUAAAAUAAUCAAAACCCUUGAAUGAGUAGGUGUUCUAAAACGUUUGACCGGUAGUGAUAUAUAUAUAUAGAAAAAAUAUAUAUGGGGGUGUGAUGGGUGAUUUCGAAGGAGUCAGGCGCAGGAGGGUAAAUCAUAGAAUAACAGGAUUUAUUCUGAAACACAGAGUUACGCAGAAAUGCGUCAAAACACUCCAGUUCGCAAAACAGCCGCACUGGAAAUAACAAGGCAAACAGGGAAAUAUCCCGCCGAUAUAAAAUACACGGAGCUCCACCAAGCUUCUCUACCCUCUAAUAAACAAUCACACACAAAGACAAGGGGGCAGAGGGAACACUUAUACCAGUACUGAUGAGGGGAUAUGAACCAGGUGUGUGUAAUAAACAAGACAAAACAAAUGGAAUGAUGAGAUGAGGAGCGGCAGUGGCUAGAAGGCCGGUGUCGACAAACGCCGAAGCCUGCCUGAACAAGGAGAGGAGGCAGCUUCGGAGGAAGUCAUGACAGGGGGAUUGGAAAUGAUGCCGACAAUUACAUUGAUGGAAGCUACAAUCUAUCUGCAAUAUUAAAGCUGAUCUACCUCUAAAAUUAAAAUUAAAAUAAAUAAGUCUAAAGUACCUCUGUAAUUUCAAACAGAGAUUUUCUGAAAUAAAUAUUGACUCCUGAAUUCAUAGCGUAGGAAGUCAUUUUCUUUUUUUGGGGGGGUGACAUAUUUAUUUAUUUAUUUUCAAGACACAUCUUAAUGACUGUCCCCAACGUGUCCCAAUGCAGGUUCUCCUUUAAGGAAGGGGGAGAAAGCUGACAUCUGGACCUGGCCCAUCUACAAGACCCAGCUCCCAAUCACCUGUGGGUACAAAGAAGGCAUGCUCAAUAGGGACAAGCUGGCCAAAGGUAGGUCGCAACAAUGGACUUAAUAUUAUGUGUUUGUGUGUAAUGGUGGAUGUGGUUUGGCCCGAAUAACCUUUCCUGAGACCUUAAAAGUGGCAAUCUGCAGUUGCUACAUCCAUUUUUGGACUUAUACAUUUAUGAUAUGUACCCAUGAAUUCUUGAGAAUAUAACUUAUAAAUACCUCAUGAGCUUAGUUCAACUGUCUUACCCCAUCAGAACAAAAUACUCCAAUGUUUGUAAACAAAGUAAAUGUAAACAAACACUGCAUACCUUCAAAACAUGGUUAAAACUAUAAUGUUAAUAACGUAGAUGGUCAGUCCUUGCCUCCAUAGCUCUUUUUUUCCAGGCCCAUCCUUCAGCUUUUUACCGAAACAUUGGUGGGGAAAACACAUUGUUAUUGUUUCAUUUGCUGAUUGCCCCUUUAAAAACUCCUCGAGACCAGGGCCCGUAUCCACAAAGCAUCUCAGAAAAGGUCCUAUGAAUUUUUUAAGACAGUUUUAAGACAAAAAAAAACUCCCAGUUCAGAGUAGGUUUUAUGAUGGUGUUAAGACACUGUUCAGAUAAACUCUGAGCCAGGAGUAAAAUCAACUCAUAAACUUUUAUCUCAGCUGGUAAUCACGACAGUUUGAGGUACCGCAAAGGAAGGAUAGUGAUGAGGCUCAUUGACAUUGCAAAUGAUGGGGAAUAACCAAUCGUGAGGAGGCGUUGCCAGCUGUGAACUCUACAGGUAACACGUAACCAUGGUGAAUGUGACUGUAACCGACAUCAAAUGUUGCAAUGGUAAAAAGUUUGAUAUCACUUUGCCUACUCUAAUAUAUUAGCAUGCAUAUAUAUUUUUUAACCAAUUCUGAUGGUUAUUAAUAGCGGAAUUUUGCCAAUAUUACCGUUAUAUAAACACAAUCGUCACUUCCGUUUAACAACUCUGAACAGUUUUGGCACAGUAGGCAUCAAUUCACUUGCCAAUAAUGUUGCAUACAACGUUGCAUACAGCGUUUGAAAGGUCUAUCAUUUUCAUCGAACACAAUCAAAGUCAAUAUAAGCCCUAGAUGCCUUCAAUUGCCCAAUUUAUAGGCAUGCCCAAUUUAGACAUAUUUUUUCAACAAAGUGAUGUUAUGUAGAUAAAUAAAUAAUCAAAAGAAAACUUGUUUAUUUAUUAGCCUAGUGGUUCUAAGUAUUUAGUCAUAUCAUUGUGAAAUAGGCCUCUUGAAAUUGUUGCCAAAAGCUCAAGAGAUACUGUUACAAUUAGGUCUAGAUUAUUUAUGGAUUGAUCAUAUAGAAAUAUCAAAACAUUCUUUUAACAACUCCAAAGUAAUUGCAUGUGGUGCAUGAACCACUGACUCACUGUGUUUUUCUAUUAUCAAGACACCUGCUGGUAACUCUUAACUGGUUAGGACAGCUCAUGAGGUGUACAAAAUAUAUGUCGACUAGGUGUGACUCAUGACUAAAGGCUUCAAGGAUAGCUUUAAUUUUCUACCCAUCAGCACUUACAAUACAUGUUCUACUCUGAUACCCUUUGUGAAUAUGGGCCCAGAUCUAAUGCAUAUUGUGAUGUGCAGGAGACCCAGGUUUCAAUCACAGUCAGACACAUGUGUACUACAGUCCAUUAGACAUUGCAUGGUUUUCAUUUGUGGUGGUGUGUAUGAUGUCUGACUUCCUCAUUGGUUUGUCUCAGGGGAGAAGUGCAUUGUGGUCCAGGGUCGCUGGUUCACCCCAAGUGGCUUUGAGGAGUUUGGGGGAAAGAAGAGCAGUAAGAACUGGAAGGACAGUAUCCGCUGUAGAGACACCCCUCUGGGAAAACUGAUCCAGGUACAGCAUAUAUUUUGA